AAAUUGCAAGGAACAAUAGAGAGUCCACAGUUCCAGUAUGGAAUCCAUAUUAGAACCCGCUGAAACGCGGUAUUUAUGGGUUUAUUACAUAUUUCAAUUGGUAGCCUCUGCUGGACACCUUUUCCUCGCCUUGUUAACGAUAUUCUCGCGGCAAAUUGCGGGAAAUGGCGUUAUGUUGAACUUUUAUGGUAUAUUCUCUGUGACACUCUUCUUUGACGCUAUAUUGCUCUAUACCGGACAUAUUUAUCACAAAACGGAUAGUAUACCCUCGUCUAUAAGAAUAAUAAAUGCUUCUAUAAGAAUGUCUGGUAUGUUAGCAAACGCUUGCACUACUCUCACCGUAGUUAUGCGUGUCUUCACAAGUGUGAACGCAGCAUUAGGCACUCCUUUGGCCAAAUAUCUAGUCAGAAUUACAGACACAAUACUCAUAAUUAUCCCAUGGACUGUCUCAGUACCCUUCCUUAUUGCUUACCUCGUACAAACGAUCAGCAAUCCUGAGAAAGUCGUGCGAACAAAGUACUUCUGUAGUUUCGAAGGCGCAACCAUCACAGAAGUGACUUCUAAUUUGACAUUAGCGCUUAUGUCACUACUACUCGUCCUAGCCGUACUCACAGCAGUACUACUUAUCAGAUUACGCAUUAGUCAACAUGGUCUGGUGUAUAUAAACACAAGCACAGAUUUGGUUAUUGGUUGCCGUAUUCUAUUGUUCGGUUUGUACAGUCUCACAACUGUAACAAUUCUCAGUGGCACACUCAACCAUCGCUGGUCAGGAUUCAGUGAUGGUCCAACAUUAACUUUCGCUUUAACUGGGUUCUGGGCAUUCCUGUUGUUUUUUAUACAACCUGACACUUUUGACGCCUUAAAAACAUGCUUCGGUUUACGCAGGAAACAUAGAAGACCGUCAUUCUCAAGCAUCACCGCGAGCAGACCACAACAACCGAUGGAGUUCUCACCUGUAGGGUCACCAAUGUUAUCACCAACUUUGGGCGAAUUCGGAGAACUCAGAAGCGAUGAUUUUAGCCUCAAUAACAACAAAAUGGGCACCUGGUCGAGUGUACCACGGGUCCACCAUAGAGAGCGAUCUAUCGAUCGUAUAAAGGAAAAAUAA